ACAAAUCAUUAUACCAUAAGAAUAUUCUGACUUCAAAGAAUUCUUUCUUUAAUAUAAAAAGAGCUUGCAACAAUGUGCCACACAGUUUGCAAAGAAGCACCUGAAGAAGUACUUCGUCUGCCGACUUUCCAGUUGCAAAUUUUCAAUUCCCCAAGUUUCUCUAGAAGCAAGGAUGGCCGCUCAAGUGAUUGCCAUUAUAUCAGCCAUUGCGCUAACAUUUGGAUUCAUUGAGUGUGGAAGAUGCCCGUAUGAAAAAUUCACCCCAAAUCACAGUUUUUGCAAACCACCAAACCCUAGCUGUAAUAUCCUAGAACGAGGUGUAGGUGCCGGAGAUAGAAUGAAAAUUUUAAAACUGCACAACGACUACAGAGCCAGAGUUGCAGCCGGUCAAGAAACAGAAGCUGGAGGAUUGCCACCAGCAGCAAAUAUGCUAGAAAUGGUAUGGGAUGAUGAACUUGCUGCUGUUGCUCAAAAGCACGCCGAACAGUGCAAUUUCGAGCAUGACUGUAGUGACUGUCGCCAAGUUGAGAGGUUUAGAGUUGGCCAAAACAUCUACAUGGCCAUGAAUACCGCGCCUCCUAAGAAGCAAGACUGGGACAAAGUGAUAAAAGACUUCUACGACGAAGUCUCUACAUUCAGCAGAAAUUAUAUCAAACCCUUUGUUUUUGGGUCAUACGGACAUUUCACUCAGGUCGUAUGGGCUGACACCUGGAAAGUUGGUUGCGGUUAUGUACUUUACAAGGAUCCACAGUGGUAUAAUAGUUUCUUCGUCUGCAACUACGGACCUGCAGGCAACUGGAUGGACGGUGAAAUGUACAAAGCCGGAAGAACGUGCUCUGCUUGUCCUGAAGGCAGUUGUUGCGGAGCCGAUUGCAGCAGGAAAUAUAAUGUGAUACCUAAAUACUCAAAACUUUGCAUGAUGGUAAAAGGUAACUAUACAUGCAAACACAAUUCGCGAACAAGUUCUUUCAUCGUCGUUUUUCCUCCAUUUGCGGCUUUUCAAUUUCGCGAGCCAAAGUUUGAAAUCAAAAUGGCUACCAAUUUUAUAGCCAUUUUGUCAGCUUUUCUGCUGGUUUUUGGAUUCAUUGAAUGUGGAAGGUGUCCUUAUGAGAAAUUCACUCCAAAUCACAGUUUUUGCAAAUCACCAAAUCCUAGUUGCAACAUCCUAGAAAGAGGCGUUGGUGCUAGAGAUAGGCAACGCAUUUUGAGACUGCACAACAAAUACAGAGUCAAAGUAGCUGCAGGCAAAGAGACUCAAGCAGGUGGACUGCCGCAAGCUGCAAACAUGUUAGAAAUGGUUUGGGAUGAUGAACUCGCGGCUGUUGCACAAAAACACGCUGAGCAAUGCCAGCCCGGACAUGAUUGUAGUGAAUGUCGUCAAGUUGACAGGUUUAGAGUUGGACAAAAUUUCUACUUAGCCAUGAAUUAUUCGCCUCCUAAGAAGCAAGACUGGGACAUGGUAAUGAAAGCCUUUUAUGAUGAAGUUUCUACAUUCGACAAAAGCUAUAUCAAACCUUUCGUUUUUGGGUCAUAUGGCCAUUUCACCCAGGUUGUUUGGGCUUCCUCCUGGAAAGUAGGAUGCGGUUAUGUGCUUUAUAAGGAUACAGAGUGGUACAAUAGUUUCUACGUCUGCAACUACGGACCUGCAGGGAACUGGUUUGAUGGAGAAAUGUAUAAAGUAGGCAAAACUUGCUCUGCUUGCCCCGAAGGUUCCUGCUGUGGUGCUGAAUGCAGCCAAAAAUAUGAUGUGAUACCUAAAUAUUCAAAACUCUGCAUGAUGGUGAAAGGCAAUUAAAUUCUCAUUCAACAAAAGGAUCUGGGAGGUUUUCCAAGUAAAAAAAAAAGGUCUAAGGAUUCGAUACUUCUCAGUAUAAAACAGUAAUCUCAUAAUAGAUAUUUACUCAUAAAUCAAGGACAAUCAAGCAACACUUGUCAUCCUUCCUAUGUAAAUUAUAUCUCACUCAGUUUAGAGUUUGAUAUUUUCCCCUUCUCUUUUAUACGGAAUCAACUUCUUUACAACAGGAUAAAUAUCAGUAACAUUCCCAAUUUAAGAAACAUUACUGUUUUGUAUUAUGAACUGACUUUCUUCUUUCAAUUAACUUUCUUUUUAUGAAAUUAUCAGUUUAUAAAUUUAUAUAUGAUAUUUACCUUAAUUAUAUGUGAUUAAAAAAACGCUUCUGUGAUUGAACAUUUUUUGCAAUGCUAAUUUGUAUAGUAACUGCAAUAAAAUGCAUAUUAUAUCUGCGUA